CAGUGUUUAGCUUAUAUAUGUAGUGGCCAGAGCAUGCCAUGGUGAAGCAAGCUGAGAAAGAACAUUAUAGUAACAUUAGAGAUAAAGAGAGACAGAGAGAGAAGAAGAAGAAAGAGAUGAAUAUGAUGCAAGAGGAAAACCGAAAGGGUCCAUGGACAGAACAAGAAGACAUCAUUCUGGUAAAUUUCGUACACUUAUUUGGAGAUCGGCGAUGGGAUUUUAUAGCAAAAGUAUCAGGUUUGAACAGAACAGGAAAGAGUUGCAGGCUAAGGUGGGUUAACUACCUUCAUCCUGGUCUCAAACGUGGCAAGAUGACACCACAAGAAGAGCGUCUUGUCACUGAGCUUCACGCUAAAUGGGGAAACAGGUGGUCAAAAAUAGCUCGGAAAUUACCAGGAAGAACAGAUAACGAGAUAAAGAAUUACUGGAGGACUCAUAUGAGGAAGAAAGCUCAAGAAAAGAAGCGUCAUGUUUCUCCAAGUUCUUCAUGUUCCAACUGCUGCUCUUCGUCUAUGACCACUACCAAUACUCAAGAUGUGUCUUUUGAGUCACGUAUGUCGUCAGGGAAAGUAAGCUUUUACGACACUGGAGGAAAUAGGGAGAUGAAUCAAGAAGAAACCAAAGACGGAUACUCAAUGGAUGAUAUAUGGAAAGAGAUUGAUCACUCUGCAGUAAACAUAAUUCAACCAGUUAAAGACAUCUAUUUAGAGCAAAGCUAUUGCUUAAGUUACCCCAAUUUGGCUUCUCCAUCAUGGGAAAGCUCCUUGGAUUCUAUAUGGAAGAUGGAAGAAGAUAAAAGUAAGAUGUCUUCCUUUGCAAAUGAUCAGUUUCCUUUCUGUUUCCAACACAGUAGAUCACCAUGGUCUUCAGGUUAAUUAGGAUUCCAUUCAUUCGUUGAAAAUCUAUAUAUAUGUAUGUUAUAUAGUUAUAUAAAUACAGAAUAAAACCUAACGACUGUAAUCUCUUUGUUGAUGAACACAAAAAGAACAUCCUAAGUCUUUGUAAUAAUCUCUCAUGUGUUGUGGUAAUCAGCUAUCCUGAGUUUGUGCUUUGUUUUUUUUUUCGUUUUUAUUUUGGUCAACUAGUUUGUACUUUGUUUAAUAUAUUAGUUUCCGGAGUGAAUGAGAAUAAGUCUUUUUGUGAA